AUUUUUCAAUAAGCUAAAAUCGAAGGCAGAAAAAGGGUACACGAGAAAGAAUUACCGAUCACACAGAUCAGAAAACAGAACGCAACAGAUCGAUCGAAAAUGGCUCCAUUCAGUGGCGAUGAAACUGCUCCCUUCUUCGGCUUCCUCGGCGCCGCCGCUGCUCUCGUUUUCUCCUGUAUGGGAGCGGCUUACGGUACGGCAAAGAGUGGUGUCGGAGUUGCAUCGAUGGGAGUUAUGAGACCUGAACUUGUUAUGAAAUCGAUCGUUCCGGUUGUUAUGGCUGGUGUUUUAGGUAUCUACGGUUUGAUUAUUGCGGUUAUUAUCAGUACUGGUAUUAACCCUAAGGCUAAAUCUUAUUAUCUCUUUGAUGGUUACGCACAUCUUUCUUCUGGUCUUGCUUGUGGUUUGGCUGGUUUAUCUGCUGGUAUGGCUAUCGGUAUCGUCGGUGAUGCCGGUGUUAGAGCAAAUGCUCAACAGCCAAAGCUUUUUGUUGGAAUGAUUCUCAUCCUCAUUUUCGCUGAGGCGUUGGCGCUAUAUGGACUCAUUGUUGGCAUCAUCCUCUCUUCCCGUGCUGGCCAAUCCAGGGCUGAGUAAUGUUGUAUUUCCCAUUGCUCGUGGUUUAUAGAGCCACAGAUUGUGAAUGUCACUGUGGAGUUGGCUUUGGUAAUUUUAGUACACUGGUUGCUGCUUUUCAUUAUUCAUGUUAUUCUAUUUAUUUAUCUAGGACCAAGAAUAAAGAUUUUCUCUGCGCAUCAUUAGUUUUGAAUUAUAUAUGCUCAGUCAAUAGAUCAGAGAUCUAUAUACUUAAGACAGAUGUUUGUUGUUUUGAUUCCAAUAACUUGUUAGUGUUGUUUUGUACUCUUCAAAAUGUAUCUUCCAAACAACUCAGACCUUUCAUUUAUAUUAUUUUAUUCAAUAUGA